CAAAAGUCACCGGUGACGCCUCCUAGGUGGGGGGCUAUAAAGGUAGCCCCCCCACCCCACACGCACCCAAGCGCCGCAUGCAGAGAGCCUCCUGUAAGGUAACCUGGAACGAGGACAUGGCCCGGUCGAGCGUCAGCAUCGUCAUCCUUGUGGCACUGGGAGCCUCGCUCUGCUGGAGGUGUCGCACGAGUCCGCUUGCGCCGCGCAGCGAAGUGAAGGCCGGCCCUGCCGUGGAGAGGAAAAGAGCGGUGAAGAUGGUGCCCCCCGGUCCCGCUGACCACAACAGCGGCGUGAAGAGCUGGGCUAAGGGGCAGCUGGUGCGGGAGGGAGACAUGAUGAUGACUCUGGAGCAGGAGGCAAGAAUCUCGCGUCUUCUGGCUCCGUGGGGCCCAGGCGGUGCCUCGCGCAAGGCCGCCUCGGACCUCGCCCUAAGAUGGCCGCUCGCAGUGGUGCCCUACAGCCUGGACCCCAUGCUCAGCGUAGCGGCCCUCAAUGGAAUCCGCGCGGCCAUGGCGAGCUGGGAGGACAACACCUGCAUUCGAUUCGUGCCCCGGGAGGUGGCCGCUCUACGCGGGGUCACUCACUCCAACUACGUCGCCUUGAAACCGCUCAGCGGGUGCUGGUCCUUCGUGGGCAUGAUCGGCGUGGGCGAGCAGGUCGUGUCCAUCGGCCGCGGCUGCGAGGGGGUGGGCACAGUGGCGCACGAGCUGGGCCACGCUGUGGGCUACGUGCACGAGCAGUCCCGCCCGGACCGCGACGCCUUCAUCUCGGUGCAGGAGGGGAACGUCCAGGACGGGCAGCUGGGCCAGUUCGCCGUCUACAGCGCGACAGAUCCGCGUGGGGUGCCCUACGACCUCAAGUCCGUCAUGCACUACAGUCGCAACGCGUUCUCCAAGGACGGCGUGAGUGAGACGAUCCGGGUGAAGGACCCGGAGAAGGGAGGGUGGAUCGGGCAGAGGGAGGGGCUCAGCUUCCUCGACGUGAAGCUGGCCAACAUCAUCUACAACUGUCACGGAGACUGCUCCCUGCCGUGUCUGUACGGCGGGAUCCCUGCUCCGGGCUGCGAUCGCUGCCUCUGCCCGCACGGACUCACGGGAGACCUGUGCCAGGACGUGUUCACGCAGCCAGGCUUGGUCUGUGGCGGGCUGCUGAACGCCACCCAGGGAUACAUCUCGUCCCCCGGGUACCCGGCUGCCUACCCCAACAACGCACACUGCGUCUGGCUCGUCCAGGCCCCCCCCGGGGGCACGGUGACGCUGUACGUGGAGGACGCGUCGCUGGAGAGCGUCUCCUACUGCUCCUUUGAUUACGUCGAGAUCCGCACGCAGGGCGCAGACACGGCAGGGGCACGGCUGUGCCCGGGCUCCGUGCAGGCCCUGAGCCGCUCCCGCUUCGUCACGGAGGGCGACCACGCCGUGGUGCGCCUCGUCACGGACGCCAGCGUCACGGCCAGGGGCUUCCGCAUUGCCUACUCCGUCAACAGCACGCAGGGCGUGUGGGCAGAGUGGAGGCCCUGGUCUCCGUGCUCUGUCUCGUGCGGCGGUGGCGGCACCCAGCAGCGCACGCGCUCCUGCCUCACCGAGCCCGGCACCUGCACGGGCGCUGACAGCGACAGCCGGCCGUGUGGCUCUGACGCGUGUCCAGUCUGUGGGGGGCUGCUGGAGGGGACAAGUGGCACCUUCACGAGCCCCGGCUACCCCCAGCGCUACCCCGACGGCGCGCUGUGCCAGUGGACCGUGCGCGUGCCCGUGGGGCUGGCGGCGCGAGUGGCGUUCUCCGACCUGGACGUGGAGCCGGGCCCGGCGUGCCCCUACGACGCCGUGAGGCUCUGGGCCGACGGCGCGAGCUCCGUGCCGCUGGCCUCCGUGUGCGGCACCGCACCUCCCCUCCCCGGCGCCAUUGUCGCCCCCGGUGACCGCCAGCUGUUCGUCACCUUCUCCUCCGACAGCUCCGUCACGGGCCGAGGGUUCAACGCCUCCUUCAGCACCGCCGCCCUGCAGUGCGGGGGCUUUCUGAACGGAUCGUCGGGGACCCUACAGAGCCCCGGCUACCCCAGCCCGUACCCCACGAACCAAGUGUGCGCCUGGUACAUCGAGGUUGCCGAGGGUCGUCGCGUGGGCCUCUCGAUCUCUGCGCUGGACGUGGAGGCGUCCGUGGGCUGCGUGUACGACCGCGUGUCGCUCUGGGAGGGCUGGGACGCCGACGCGGCCUCGCUCCCGCUCGCCACCUUCUGCGGGCGCGCCCUGCCGCCCCCCGUCGUCACGGCGACGUCGCACCGUCUCCUCCUCGUCCUCGUGAGCGACGGCUCGGUGACCGGUGCGGGCUUCCGCGCCGAUUACAAGCAACUGUGACUACGACGAGGAGGCCGGCGGAGGGGGAAGGGGGCUGGGGGGUGACGUUCUUAGGUGGCACGGUGAAUUUUUUUUUACGCGCAGUCGUGUUUAACUCUUCCCGAUUCGUCUUCAGGUUGUUCCUGCGCGUUGUUCGGCACGAUGUCCGACGUUUAAGCUCCACACUCGCCGGGAGCUUCUUCGACAACUGGAUUGAACUUCAGGGUCCCAAGGCAACUGAAGACGCUACCCCCCCACACACCUCCGGCAGGUGUGGGGGCGAGUCACCGUCGCCUCCUCGUUCCCAAAGCGCUGGAUCGCAGGAGACAAAGUUUGCUGUCCUUCCCCACGCACCUGCGAUUAGCACGUAGGGUGAGCGAAAUAAGUUUGACAGACUGCCCAUAGACUAACACUGCCCAUAGACUAACACUGCACUUAGACUAAUACUACCCAGACGAAUACUGCACAUAGACUAAACACUACCCAUCGACUCAAGACUGCGCUUCCAAUUAGCACGGUUGGCAAUGUAUGGUGCAAAAGAAGUUAAACAUACAUACAUGCAGUGGCCUUGGUUGACCAGCGAUUCGCGUAGCUUCGA